AUGCUUUUAGAGAACUUUCUCGAGGACAUGCGGAGGCAACAGUACCUUAUCGAGCGAGAGGUAGCGCAGUACAUGGCGGAAUAUGAGAACUCCGGUCAAACCGACUCUAUCGUACGAUUGAUCUUCCGCCUUGUUUCGUGGUAUGUACAGUGGAAACCUAUAGCAGAAUUGGGAUUGACCAUCCACGCUGCCUAUACUCUCGUGUUUCGAACUCACAUAUUCUCCAUAUUUCCUCCCUCCUUCUCACGGGGGUUCAAGGAGCUCAUAGCCUCGACGUUUUCCUUGGUCAGCGCGUCCUCACCGCCACCGUGGUUAAUACCUGCAGAUCUCCCGCCCAUAGAUCCGCCACCACGUCCGGAUUAUCAACUCUGGAUCGCUUGCGAAACGCUAGGUCUUUUGGAACGGUACGAGUCGCUGAUCUCCAGCGUAUGUUACGAGUAUAUCGAAGCGCACGUCCUUGAGACGUGCGCCAAGAAAUGGGAUGAGCCUAUGCUGCCAAAGCUAAGGGAGUGGAUGACCGAGAAGAUCGUUCCGUGGAUGAUCAUGCCUUACGCCAGAGGCGCAAGAAGCGCUGAAGAAGCGCGUGCGAUGCUACAAGGGGUCGGUUCAAGAUUUGACUACCAUGUCUGCAAAACGCUCUGCGACCUUCGCAUUCAGGAAAUCUUCGACAUCAUCAUCGAUUUUCCUGAUUCACAGAGUGCGCUACUGGAUUUGAAGGUCGCUUCCUCACGGCCUGGGUUUGAUAAUUACGAAAUGAUGGUUAACCGUGUUCGUGGUCGUAUUCAGGAAUGUCUGCAGCGCGUAGACCAGCGUAGCCAGCUAGUCAUCAAUCUUCGCAAAGCGAACAAGAAGCGGCUCCUCCAUCCGGGAGCAGACACCAAAGAUAUACUGACGCAAUACGUCUCCAUCAUUCGAUGUCUACGGAUCAUCGAUCCACCAGGCGUCUUGCUAUACAAGGUGGCUGACCCUAUACGAAAGUACCUCAGAGAGCGAUCGGACACCAUUCGAUGUAUCGUUGCAAGUCUCGUCGGCGACGGCGAAAGCGGCGAUUCGCUGGUCGACGAGAAUGAGCCUAUCCAGCCUCUGCAGCAGAUGCAGGCGGACGACUUCUCUGACCCGAACUGGGAGCCUGAACCCAUUGAUGCCGGUCCAGAUUUCAGGACAAACAAGCCGAGCGACGUGAUCAGUACACUCGUCAGUAUAUACGACUCCAAAGACCUUUUCGUCAAGGAGUUGCAGGUACUCCUCACGCAGAGAUUGUUAGCGGUAAAGGACGGCAACUACGAACGAGAGCGGAGGAAUAUCGAGAUCCUGAAGGUCCGCUUCGGAGAGGCCGCCCUGCAGGUUUGCGAAGUCAUGUUGCGCGACAUGACAGACUCUCGCCGUAUCGACCAGCACGUCCAGGCGCAGAAAGCUGUACCUCUGCACCCAACCAUCAUUUCACGGCACUUCUGGCCACCCCUCCAAACCAACAGCUUCACGAUGCCCGGACAAUUCAGAGAUAUCCAAGAUUCGUAUGCGAAGGAAUUUCAUCUCUUCAAGCCGGACAAACAUCUGCACUGGCUCUCGCAUCUCGGGACGAUCAAGCUCGAUAUCGAGCUUCAAGACCGCACAGUCAGCGCGGAGGUCCCCCCUCUCGAAGCGUCGAUCGUCGAGUUCUUCUCUCAGAAGGACAUCUGGACGGUGGACGAGCUUGUUGCCGAGCUGAAGUCUGUCGAGAAGACCGCCAUCGUCAAGGCGCUCACUACUUGGCUCGACCUCGGCGUGCUCAAGGAGGAAGACGAGGACCGGUACAAGCUACUCGAGAUCGCAGAAGCGCUACCUUCUGGCCAGAAGGCCGCAACUCGUGCAGCCGCGGACGAGGAAGCGCCAGCAUUGGCUGUUCAGCAACAACAGGCAGAGCAGAUGAAGGUCUUCUGGAAGUUCAUCGAGGGCAUGCUCACGAAUCUGGGCGCACUACCGCUCGCGCGCAUACAGACUAUGCUCAAGUUCGCGCCUGGUUAUGAUCAGACCAUUGAGCAGCUCGCCGAGUUCAUGGAGGCCGCGCGGCGGGAAGGGCUGGUGAUGGUGAAGGAUGGGAUGUGGAAGCUCUGUCGAUAA